AUGAGAUAUAUUGGCUACUUUGGCUGCCUUCUGGCUACUGCCAGCGCCUACCCGGCGUCCGAGCAGAUUGACGUUCAAGCCAGUCUGCUCAGUGACCCGAAAGAUGUCGCCGACAAGAACUUCGAUUACAUCAUCGCGGGUGGUGGCUUGACCGGUCUGACCGUGGCUGCCAAGCUGACAGAGAACCCCAACAUUGAGGUCCUGGUUAUUGAGAAAGGCUUUUACGAGUCCAACACUGGGCCGAUGAUUGAGGACCCCAACAGAUACGGUGAAAUCUUUGGUACCACUGUUGACCACAACUACCUCACUGUGCCCCUCAUCAACAACCGCACCGACAACAUAAAGUCCGGCAAGGGUCUCGGCGGAUCUACGCUGAUCAACGGCAACUCAUGGACCCGCCCCGACAAAGUCCAGAUUGAUUCGUGGGAAACGGUUUUCGGCAACAGGGGGUGGAAUUGGGACAAUGUACUCCCAUACAUGAAUCGGGCUGAGCGUGCGCGUGCGCCGAACGCAGACCAGAUCGCCGCCGGCCAUCACUUUGACCCUACGUGCCACGGUUUCAACGGCACCGUUCACUCUGGACCGCGUGACAACGGUCAACCUUGGUCUCCGCUGAUGAAGGCGCUCAUGAACACCACUUCUGCCCUCGGCGUUCCGACCCAGGUGGACUUUAAUUGCGGUCACCCGCGUGGUGUGUCCAUGAUCCCGAACAACCUUCUAGAGGAUCAAGUGCGUGCGGACGCAGCUCGCGAAUGGCUCCUUCCCAACUAUCGCCGCAAGAACCUCAAGGUAUUGACCGGACACGUCGUGGGAAAGGUUCUCUUUGAUCAGAACGCCGCCGGACUCAAGGCGAUUGGAGUCAACUUUGGCACUAACAAGGCGGUCAACUUCAAUUCAUACGCCAAACAUGAGGUUCUGCUGGCUGCCGGCUCUUCGAUCUCGCCCUUGAUCUUGGAGUACUCCGGCAUUGGCCUGAAAUCCGUCCUCGACAAGGCCAACGUUACGCAGCUCCUGGAGCUGCCUGUAGGUAUCAACAUGCAGGAUCAGACUACAACGACUGUCCGCGCACGCAGCACUUCCGCCGGUGCCGGCCAAGGCCAGGCUGUCUACUUUGCCAACUUCACCGAGACCUUUGGCGAGGACGCUGCGUAUGCUGCGAAGCUCCUCGAGACCAAGCUUGACCAAUGGGCCGAGGAGACUGUCGCCCACGGUGGCUUCCACAACGUCACUGCCCUUAAGGUGCAAUACGAAAACUAUCGCGAUUGGCUCCUCCACGAGGACGUGGCAUAUGCCGAGCUCUUCAUGGACACCUCGGGAAAGAUCAACUUUGACCUGUGGGAUCUCAUUCCCUUUACCCGCGGCUCCACCCAUAUCCUCAGCAGCGAGCCCUAUCUCUGGCAGUUUGCCAACGACCCCAAGUUCUUCUUCAACGAGCUGGAUCUUCUCGGCCAGGCCGCCGCGACCAGGCUGGCGCGCAAGCUGCAGAGCAGUGGAGCGAUGGCGAGCUACUUCGACGGGGAGGUGAUCCCGGGCUCUCAAGUGCCCAGCGAUGCAAGUCUAGGGCAGUGGGCUGACUAUGUAAAGGACAACUUCCGUGCCAACUGGCACGCCGUGGGUACCUGUUCCAUGAUGUCAAGAGAGCUUGGUGGUGUUGUCGAUGCAGCGGCCAAGGUGUACGACACCCAGGGUCUCCGUGUCAUCGACGGCUCCAUCCCUCCUACGCAGGUGUCUUCUCACGUCAUGACAAUCUUCUACGGUAUGGCUCUGCGUAUUGCCGAGUCUAUCCUGGACGAUUAUGCGGCGGCUUAG